UCGAGUUACGCAACCUCGCAAGGGUUUAACCAACAUCGCAAGCCGCACGCCAUCGCUACUGUACGACCGCUUAGCGAACAAAACGCCUUCGCGCACACCUCGAACGCGCCUGUUCGACGUUUCGUGCGCACUCCUUUUUUUCGGACUAAUCUCUUUGCCGGUCGCGUGCGCGAAUCAUGGAGAAGCGUGCGGAGAGAAGCGUGGAGAGAGAUCGCUCCGUUGUCCGGACUGUGCACCUCACGACGGCCAUCUACGCGUGCUGCUUCUGGAUACAGCUCGGCGUUUUGCCCUAUCUGUCCAGGAAACUGGACGUGGACGCGGUGCAGUUCGGGACGCUGCAGACCUUCUUCGCGGUGGUGCAGCUGCUGGGAGGCUCCUUCUUUGGGAGGUUCGGGGACGUGUUUGGUGGGCGGGCGGCACUUUCCGUGGCUUAUCUCUCGGCGGCGUUCGCUCACUUACUCCUCGGCCUGUCCAGCAGCAUCCCCCUGCUCUUCAUCUCGCGCCUGCCCUCCAUGUUCAUGCACGGAUUUCAAGGGGCGCAGAUGGUGGUCACUGACCUCUCGGACAAGUCCCAGCGCGCCGACGCCUUGGGGAAGAUCGGAGUGCUGUACGGCGUGGGCAUGAUCUCCGGAUCCAUGCUGGGGGGUCUGCUCACCAGUCACUACAGCGAGGAGACCGCGGCGUUCGUGGCGGCGGCCGGGUGCCUCGCCUGCAGCGUGCUGGCGGUCGCACGCGUCCCCCGCCACACCAAGUCCCCCUCCGUCCUCCUCGCGAAGGGAGACAAAGAUGAGUCAACGGGCAUCUUCAACGUACAGAAAAUAGUCCAACUGCUGAAGAUCCCAGGAACACUGCAGAUUUUCACCAUAAAGACCAUCACCGGAUUACCAGUAGGAAUCUUCCACAGCAUGUUCUCUCUGCUGACUAUGGAGUACUUCAAGCUGCAGCCAGAGCAGAACGGAUACCUCAUGUCCUACAUAGGCCUGCUGCAGAUGGUCAUGCAGGGGGUGCUGAUGGGCCGGCUGACUAAGCGCUUCCACGAAGGCAGCCUGCUCCUCUGGGGCAUCGGCAUCACGAGUUUCGUCGGCAUCGGCUCGGCCAUGAUGACUUCGGUGUUUCAUUUCUGCCUGAAUGCCAUUCCCAUGUCGCUGGGGCUGGGCAUGACCAUGGUGAUGUCGGACAGCUUGCUGACUAAGGUCGUGCCGCCUGCAAACACAGGUGUGAUGCUGGGUCUGAGCAUGUCCAUCCAUUCGCUCAUCCGAACGGUGUCCCCGACCAUCGGUGGGUUUCUCUACGCGUCCUUUGGCUUCCCCGUGUUUGGGUGGCUUCAGUUCGCGGUCAACCUGGCGCUCUUCGUCAGCCUGCACAUCUACAUACGGUCCAAAUCAAAGGCGGCGGCUAUUUUUAGCUCGAAGCAGUAAAUAGGGAGGACUUCAUCCAGCGGUGGAUUGACUGGGACCAACGAUGGCGAUGCUGGUGAUGGAGUAAUGAAGGGCCAAAAGAAAUUUGACUCGAAUGAAAGUUGAAAACAUAUUUUAAAGAAGUGUGCGUUCAAGCCCGGGUGGUUUGAUGCGCAACGUUUCCUCAGUUUUAUUUUCAUACCGCACACAUUCAUCUAAACUUGGCUGUGACAACCGCACGCGAUGCACGUUUCUCUCUCAGCGCCUCUGGACUGCGACUGUUCGUGCGUAACCGUGGCAUGGUGGGCGGACGUAACGUCAGCUCGCUCGCGUAGCCGCCUUUCCAAGCCAGAUUUGUUUUUGCAUUACUGCUACUACAAAUAUAAACUGCGCUGCUGUACAUCAAACGCCCGGUGUUAGGUUUUUUUUGGCGAGUUGAAAUGAAACCUAAACACGGAAGUUUUACUUCGUAGGCGACAACCGGCAUCCAUGGGCAUAACUAAAUGAAAGUGAUAAAACCGCAAAAAAGAAAAGCAAGCACGAACGAUUUUAAAAAAACAAGCUGCGAUAAUUUUUCAUCCUUCAAAGACUGCUCCCUUUUUUCGGCCCCAGUUUUCCUCGGCAGCCUGCGAUUUUUCACACGUGAAGCCGAAAUGCUUAACAUCCUUCCUGAAUGACGGCACGCUUGCUCCUGCGACAUUGCCUAUGCAGUACACAACACUCAUGCAGCAGUCUGGAGAGCAUUUUUUUUAACUGCUACUUCAGUGCAAGAAAGUUUCCCAUUGAUAAACAGCUUCAAGUUUUCACUCUUGCGAGUUUUUGUUUGGCUGUGGAGUGUAGACCAGGAAUGCGUGCCAAAUGAAGCACUUCUAUCUGCCUCAUUUACCGCCAACUCAAGCAAGAGUCUGGCAGAGAGUGUUUAAUAUGCGCACUUUUUGGCAAAUGCGGUCAGCAUCUUGAGCAUCAAUGACAACUGGAAAAAGUCCAAGCGUUCCAAGACUGUUUUUAUUUUCAUCAUUGGGAUUUUCAGUCGGGAUUUAAGAACAUGUGGUGCAUAAAAUUGCCGGGUUAUAGCUGUACAAUUCAGAAUCACGCGGCAUUCUUAAUUGCACUACGAGCCGCAGCCGUGUGACCAAUUUGGAGACGAUCCCAGGCAUAAAUGCUAGUGCCCCGGUGGGCGUUCUUGCAAGGUGUGAUGUAGGACAAUUGUGCAGACGGCUGUACGAAACGUACUGCAGCACUUACCUAUGCGAUAAGUGUAAGCACGACCGCGAUCCCCAGGAUUAAGUCCUAAUGCUUCGGUGGGUGUUCUUGUUGAGACACGAUGUGUGCGGCGAUCAUUAGAGGCUCCAUUAAACACCGCAGUGCUUUUGCCUGCCUGAGUCAUGCAAAUCAAUGCAAUUAAUGCAAAUGCUCCAAUCGGGUGCAGCGGUGACGCGCUGUUUAUCCCACUGCACCGUGAACCCGAGUUUGAUUCGCAACCACGGCUAACGUCAGUGAUUGGCAGAACCGGUCCGAGCGAAUGCCCUACGUAGCAACUCGCGCGCAGUGACCAUCGUGGUGAAUUUUGCGAUGAACGCUUCAUCCAGCAGUCGAUUGAUCCAGGCCUAUAAGUUUAACACGUAGGUUUUCGCGACCAAUAUUAGCCAUGAUAACGUUUUUUUUUCUCAGUUAGAUCGCGUAAAUAUAAAUGCGUCGUGAAAUCCGCCAUCACCUGACACGGCCAAUUCGUAAAGUUUGUUACGUCAACAAAACAUACUCUCGAACAAACCGCUAGAAGUUUUGUUUACUUGACAAACUUUACAAAUUGGCUGUGUUGGGUGGAGGCGGGUUUAACUGCAUUUAUAUUUAUGUGAUCUAACCUUUAUCAGUGCUAUAAAUGCUAAUUUAUUAUAAUAAUUGCUGCAUCACAGUGCUUUAAUAAACCAUGAUGAAGUUGGACACUUAAAA